CACCAUCACCAUCCCCAUUUCCACCCUCAUCCCCAUCUCCAUCUCAAUCUCCAUCCUGCAAACUAUGUCGUCCCGCCCUUUCAACCCACUGCCUGUGUGCCCCAAACCCAUCCAGUGGGAUGUGCCAGGCCGUAUUGCAGAGCUGCAGACCUGAUCAAUGACCCUGCCACCAGUAAAUCACAGAAGCUAAAUCUUCAGACUGCUAUCAACCUGUAUCAUGCAGGGGAUCUUCCGGCACGGUUUUUAUAUAUCCAGGACGGCAAAGUUGUCCUCCAUAGAGAUCUCGAUUUCCGGCGGCCAUACUGGGUUGAGGGUUAUGGCCAGCAACUAUCCUCACAGAAUACGAUUCCAGAUGUCGUGCCAGAGCCGUCUACUGCGCCCCCUCAGUCCAUGUCCAAAAGUCCUUCGAACCAGCAACUCGCACAUCGCACGGUAUACAAUUACUACCGGGCCCAAGGGCUCGGACACGAGAUAUUUGCACGAAUUAGGCCGGUUCCGGGGCCUUCUAUCCACUGCGUUCUCGAUUGAUAUCACAAUGCUCAAUGACACCGGAAGCAAUACCUUGACAGUCUUCAAUACAGCUCUCCUGGCUUUGGCCAUCCCUCCAGACUACUUGGGGUUUGGCGCAAACAUCCCAAUAACAACGGCUGGUGGAAUGGUCAGACGGCAGCAAAUCACUGUUGAGAUACAGCUGCUGGAUUCGCAAGGCAAUGCUGUGUCUGACUGGGUCCUGAAGCAGGGCAUUGUCACACCAGCAACCACUGGCGCCUGCAGACUCUCAGGCAAUGGCAUCAGACAAUCUCUGUACUUUGCGACUGCACCGGGAAACCAGCAUCUGUAUGUUGCUGAGAAGAAGAAUGGCAUUGUUGAACAGCUUCCGGCUCUCUAGCCUAUCGAUAAAUUAUGGUUCCCCAAAGUACAAACUUGAGCACAUCCUUGCCCGAAAUCAUGCCUCCGAAAUCACUUCAGCCCGCCGCGCUCUUCACGAUCGCAAAACACACCGGCGGCCCGUUUUCAGUCAGCUCUAUGAAUUUUGUUUGAGUGCCUGGUGUAUUAGAGACACUUCAUGAGCAUUGUUUGAUAAGCCGGGUUUAUACCUGGAUGAGAUGGCAGUCUUUCUAUGGGAUGAAUUUGGUGUACUCGCAACCACCUCUAUGAUUACCAGGACUCUUGCCUUCUCUGGUUGGUCUAAAAAGACAGCAAAGCAGAAAGCAAAAGAGUGCAAUCCAGACCUGCAAGAUUUCUACCUUCAUAGUGUGAGGAAAAGAUAGUUCCGUUCUUUUUAAUCCCAAUCCUACUCUACAUUUUAUACAAAAA